AUGGGUCACAAAUGCUCGUCAUUUUUCAGACCGUCAGUGACGGUAAAUGGGAAAAAAUACCGAGUGGUUAAAGAACUUGGAGAAGGAGGUAACUUAACUAGAGCAUUCACUCUGCCAUCUGUUAAGCUUACGCAUUUGGUACCAGGCCAGAGUUUGCAAUAUUGUAACUUCCUUCGGCAACUUUUCUAAUCUCUGUUAGUUAACCGAGAAUUUGAAAGUCGAUGUGAUCGCCUCCAAGAAGGAAAUUGUCCCUAACUGUCGUAUUGUUUUGUGAAGCUGAAUUACACUGUAUGUGACGAUCAAUUUACCGGCAGAGUUAGGAAUUUCUGACAGAGAUCGAUCCUCUGAACGUUCACUGGCUAAUGAGGCCCAAGUUAUGUUUCUGUUAAAUUUUAAUCAAGGAAGGUAUUCAUUAGAUCCAUAGGUAGGAAGUAAAAGAUCAUCGAAAAAAAAUACCUUAACUUUGAACGAAGGACUGGAGUAAAAUUGUCCUGUGAUCUGAGUGAAAUAUUUUUCCCAGAAACAACCAGAUGACUAAAUAUAAAUCAGCCGACUAAAAAAGUAAACAAAAAUGUGAAUGUGUCUUUGAACGAAGGACUGGAGUAAAAUUAUCCUGUGAUCUGAGUGAAAUAUUUUUCCCAGAAACAACCAGAUGACUAAAUAUAAAUCAGCCGACUAAAAAAGUAAACAAAAAUGUGCUAACAAAAACGAAAGAAACAAAAACAAAAUGAAGCACAACAAAACAAUCAGCAAUAACAGGGGUUUCAAUAACACAGUUUAUUGUGGGUCUGCUGCUUCCCACAAGAACUCUUACCAAUGUCUGGUUUACGAAUAGGCUCAUUAAGUUUAGGUUUUGCCCUUACAGCCCUUUUUCCAUGCACAGUUGCCUAUUACACCUUCUCAGCCACGUAUGGGAAAAGUUUUUGAAACCUCUGAGUAAUUAAUUGAUAAAGAUAAUGAUAAUAAUAAUGAUAAGGGUUAUGAUAACGAUAAUAAUCGUAAUGAUGGCGACGAUGUAUUUGUUUUUAUUGGUAUGAUCUCGUUUCUACCUUAAAUUCCAAUUUUGUCAGUCUUAUUUAAAAUUAGUAACCAAAGAGUGAAAAGAUUGCUGAAGUUAUUGUGAUUGCUAGCUAAUUUUACUCCUGACAAUUGUUUUGAAUUGAAAACAUUUAAAAGAGUGAUUCUCCCCAUCAAUGAGUCAUAAGAAAAAGUGAUGAAAUGAUCAUAACGCGUGCAUGUAUUACAAUCAGUUAUUGCAAUUUGUUACCAUGAUUUGGCAGUGUGUUUAGAAUUGUACAAUAUUCCCUCAGACUCCAUCUUUGGCUAGUCACAAUAUUGUGGCACUUACCCUUGACAACCCAAAUAUUUUUCUCAACCAUUAGAGAACUGUUGAGGGUAAACAUGGCUUAAAGGUUUAGUAUUCUUAUUUCUAACCAACUAUGUAGCAUUUAAUUUUAAUUAAUUUUCCCUUUUUUAAAUCUAUUAUUAUUAGCAGUACAAUUAUCUUAAUGGUAAAUUUAUAAAUACAGCUCUAAACUGGACCUUCCAAUGUUUUAUUUCCAGCCUUCUCCUAUGUUAAUCUAGUUCAUCGUGGAAAUGAAUGGUUUGCUCUGGUAAGUUUGAAUUUGAUUUAGUACUGUCAUUGCAUGUGGUGAAAAUUAUCUUUCAGAUACACAGAUCUGUGCUUUUUUGAGACUGAAGAGGUAGAAAUAUAGCAGAUCCCUGUGAUAUUUCUGCUCCCAGUUUUUCUCUGGCUUGGUUUCAAGGACACCAUGCUCUCCCAAACAUAUUUCAAUAACUUGCUAAGAGAGGGAUCCUUGUGGUCUCCUUUAUUAAUUUAUAUAUUAAUUUCAAUCUUUUGAUCAUUUUCAUUCUGUCCCUUUAGAAAAGAAUCCGUCUUGAUCUUCCUGAGCAAGAAGAGGUGAAUACUAAUAUUCUUUAAAAAUAACUUGAAAUACCCUUCAGACAGUAAGACUAAUGGUCUCAUUUUACAUUUAGGCAUUUUUUAACAAGCUUUAAUGGAAAGUUCUUUGCUAGACAAAGUCACAGGUGUAUCACCAGCUUAAGAGGUUUUAUAGGUGGCAGUAGGCCACUGUUAAUAGGCUUUUAUAGAAACCCUUGAUGCAUAUAUUCUGAAUUAUAUAAUGUGGAACAAGACCACACUAAUACAGGAAAAUUAUAUGUAUGAAAAUGAUUGUACUUGGUUCCCAAUCUCAGACUCUAUAGACUUCUUCAAGUGUCUUUGGAUAUGACUGACAAAUCACAUGCUUUUACUCACAACAAUAGGCAUGUAAAGAAAAUGGCUAAUGAAUAUUUUUGUUUAGUUCUGGGAUUUUAUUUGUUCUGAUCACAACAGGCAUUUGAACGUGAGGUAGAUGCUCAUAGAGCUGUUUCUCACCCAAGUGUCCUCGACUUGCAUGAUGUGGAUGUGGUAUCUAAAGGAACAUAUAAAGAGGCACGCAUGCUUGUGACUUACUACAAGGUAUUUUCAUUCCAUCUGCUACAUUUAUUCAAAUCUCAGUUUUAUUAAUUACAAGUAACUGCCAGUAAAUAUAGCUUUAAACAAUUAAAAACAAAAGGGUCUUAUUACAUAAUUCUUCUCACACUAUUCAAUGUCUCCUAGAAUGGAACAGUGCAAGACUUGAUUGAACGCAUACAGCUUGCAGGAGGUCACAUCCCUGAGUUAAAUAUUCUUCAUAUGUUCAAGUCACUCUGUGAAGCUAUACUUGCUUUUCAUAGCUUAGACCCACCUCUGGCACACAGAGAUAUCAAGGUAGGAAGAGUCUGUAUUAUAGAUCAUGGUUUACACACCAGACUGAGUUACAUACAGCUGCUGUUUAUCUCAGAUUCUGCAACAUGAAAGGCUUGAAAGUAUUGCCAGUUUCUUGGAUAGAUGCUAGGAGUUUAUCCCCAUCAUUUUUUCAUGUUUCUUUGACAGUUGACUGGUGUUGUACAUUUGAUUUAAUAUUCCCCGUUGAGAUAGAAAAAGCAGAAGUUAAUUAUCUUUCCAGCAACACAGCAAAAUGACCCUUUCUAGGGCUGGAACGCAGCCUUUUUUUAUUCAGUGGAGUCAAGUUCACAGAUCAUUAAUCCAUUGUGUUCCCCUAUACCUGGGACCAGAUUAUUGUUGUAAACUCACCACAAUCAAAUGAUGGUUUUUAUGUGUAAAUCAUGAAGAUGCAUCAUUUGUAGGCAAUGAUGGUGCUUUAGAAGAUUUUUGACUCUGCCAACUAACUGGUAACAUCCCCUUUUUUCAGCCUCAUAAUUUGUUAAUUGGUCCUGACAUGACUGUGGUACUGAUGGAUCUUGGAAGUGUCUCCAGAGCAAGAUGUGUCAUUACUUCAAGGUAAGGAAUAGGUGAUGGAUUUUAAUUUGAACAAAAGAGUAGCGUAUUAUUAUUGUCCAGGUGAGGCUAGGAUCAGAAAAGUCUGAUGUUAGAGGCAGUAAGGGAUGUUUUGACAACCUGGGUGGAGAUCACUAAAUUAAAUAAAUAAUAAACUAAUUUGUUUUUUACAAAAGUCACAAUGAUGUCACUAAACCAUUGACAGUUGGAUUUUGCCUACUGAUAUAAAAUAUCUUGUGUUUUGGAGGGUGGAGAAGAGACCAGGUGGAAGGAGUUAAGAUAAUUUUUGAGUGUGAAUGAGGUUAAUGUGUUGGGGGUUUUUGUUUGUUUGUUUGUUUUUAAACAGGGAAUUUGAUCAGACACAUUUGUAGUGAAUCACACUGCAAAAGUUUGGAAUGAUAAAAAAAAACCUGACACAUUUCAGUACAGAAAUGGCAGGUUGAAAAAAAAACCUGGCUUGUGAGGUGGAUGCUAUAAAACCUAGCUGAUGUUAAUUUUUAAAUCUUUUUUAAAUUCUAUUUUUGUUUAAAGGAUUUAAAAUAAUUUAUUAUGCCUUGUUUUAUCUUGCAGAAGGGAAGCCUUGGCCCUUCAAGAGAGGUGUGCACAGGAAUGUACCGCUGCAUACAGGUGGGAAACAAGUGUUCAGUUUUGUACAGCAUGAAGACACUGUCUACUAAUAUUAUAAAAAUUUAAAUGCUGGGGAGGCCUUAAUCCUUUAACUCCCAGAAGUAACCUCUCCCUACAAUAUUCAUUCACUAUCCAGCAAGCAGGUAAUGAGAAUGCUCAAAUGUAGAAAUUUGUUAUCUUGAUCUAACACCAAACUCUCGUAAACUAUUUACAAAGAAAUGUGUAGCAGGUGGAGGGGAGAAUUAACAAUGCACCUGUGCAUUCAUCUUGAUGUCUGAUUUCCUGUGGGUGGGGGGGAGGGGGGGUUGCAAGAGUCUCUAAAGAUAAAAUUUUGUCAAACUGCAGUAUAGCAUUAGAUACGAACAGUUUUAUUUUAGUGCACUUUGUUUUUAUAUCUAUCUAGAGUAGGAAAGUAGGAUUCCCCCCCCUCAUUGAAGGUCUGAUGUCAGUAAGUAAUGUUAUCUGUACUGACUUGCAGGGCUCCAGAACUGUUUGAAGUUCCUUCAAACUGUGAAAUUGAUGAGAGAAGUGACGUUUGGUCUUUGGGUUGUACUCUGUUUGCCAUGGCUUAUGGUGAGAUUUUUCUUUAAAUUGAUUGAAAUUGCAGCAGAAACUGAAAUUACAAAGGGUAUAUGGCAAUUUUUUUUGUCUCACUGGAGGCGGUAGAACUGGGUUUUUAUAUGUCAGUAGUAAUUAUUGGUUUUGUAUGUUUAACUUGUUGGUUACUCAGAGCAUGGUAAUCAUAGCAUAAGAACAGUAAUGUCAAAAUGAAGAUGAUAUAACAGAAUAACAGCGCCAUUUGUUCAAUGGUGAAUACUUUAAAUAUUUUCAAUAGAGAAGAGUCAAAAUCACAGAGAAAUAGAAUUUCAUUAAUGUGGCAAACAUGAGAAUAGACAUCAGCUAGCCUACUCACCUAUCCCCAGUACUUAAGGUACGGGAUGUGAUGACACCCUACAAGUUCAUCAGAACACAUGGUCUAAAGUAAAAAACCCGCAUAUAAGAACCUAGAAUUUUGGAGGUCAGGCUGAACAGGUUCCUAUAUUUUGGGGUAUUUUUUCCAAUAACAGGCUGAUUAGGUUCUUAGUAGGUUCUUAUUUGCAAAAGUUAUUAUAAUGAUAGCAUUCGGGGGACUGCAAUAGUACUAAUAUGCUAUAGUUGUAAAGCAUUUACAAAAAUGUCAAGCCUUGUUGUCGAAACAAGUCCUGUAUCAUGUAUCAAAAAACUGUUUUGAUUUUUAAAUGUACUGUACAGUAUUUGUGACUGUAUUUGUAACUACAGAAUGAGUAAUAUUUUAUUGGUAAGACUAAAAAGCAGUACACUACAAAAAUUUUCACUAUUGAAAUCCAGAAUUUGAACAUCAAAUCUGGAGUGUUUUUUUUAAUAUAAAAACAUAUUUUUCUUUGUCAGGCUGAAUAGGUUCUUAUAUAUUUGGGUAUUAAAAUGCAAAAUUUCAGCCUGUAGGUUUUUAAAUAACUAGGUUCUUAUACGUGGGUUUUUACUGUAUCUCAAAAAUGUUUAAUGUCUCUGGCCCUGUACCAGGGAAUUACUCACAGGGAGUCUUUGAUUUCCUACGCAACAGAUGAGAAUCUCCAUAAAAUUAUGUUCAGCAUUUUUCAUGGUUUUUGUUUUAAAUCAGGUCAAAGCCCUUGUGAUGGCUCAGCGCUCUCUGCAAAUAGUGGUAAUAUUCAAAUUCCAAGUAACAGGUAAGUUUCUUGUCUAGUUUUCUAUAACAAGCUUAUGUUCUUGUGUGCUUCAUAGUUGCCAACGUUUAGACAAUCAAUCUGUAAACUUCACAUUGCCAUGUUUUUUUCCUUAUUCCCACCAUUCUUACUUUUAAUCUGGAAGAUUUCAUGGGGCUCCAUCCUUUUCAGACAUGAGAGCUAGUAGUUCACCAGACAUUUUGGCUUAAAAUAUAAACUGCUGGAGUUAGAAAUGAAAUGAGGAGACUGAAACUUUAAUGGUAGCUUCUUUGCAAAGGAACUGAGAGAGGACAGGAAAGUUUCCUAUCCAACUUUUUCUUUUAUGAGAGGGAUUUUGUAAUGAGGUGCAUAGCUAAAAGUACAUAUAAAGAGUUUUAAGCCCUUGUUAGGGUGCUGCAGAGUCAAACAAGGAACUCAUACGAAUCUGAUGCGAUUAAAUGUGAACUUCAGCCGCGGGAAGAUGUUGAGGGUGGCGGAAUUUUUCUCGACCAAUCGCUGAGCAUAGUAAAGCCAAACCGAUGGGAUCCCAUUUUACUUUUGUCUCAAAGUUUGAAAUUCCUGUAGACCUGAUGCUAGUUUGGCUCUUAAGAAACCUGAGCACUCCACUUCAUGUGCUCUUCAAGAAGUUUGUAGAAAUUGACUUAUCUCAUGUUUGUUUUUCAGUGUUUAUUCAAUGGAGCUAAAUGGUCUGAUAACAAGUAUGCUUAAAGUGGAUCCUCAAGAGAGACCUACGCUUCAAUUGAUUUUACGCAGACUAGAAAACCUAGCUCCCGCCUCAUCAGUCUUUAGCUUUGAAGGCGGAAGAAGUGUUUCCAUACAAAUGUAA